UGCUUAAAUUCAAGGAAGCUUUUGAACAAUUAAUAGAAAAAGUACCAGGUCGCAAGGAAUUGAAUUUCCAGGAUGUGGAGGAGAUUGUGCAGAAAAUAUCACAAGCAUUCCACGGUAUAAACUCUGUUUUCCAAGGGUCCCUAAUGAACUUGAAGGAAACAUGCAUCAAUCGCCCUGGUCAUCAGGUUUUGCUUCGUCUGAAAAUGCCAUUCAAUAUUACUCCGAAUGGUACAUUCAUAUACCAAACCGGGGAAACCCUGUACUCGCUGAAAGCAAAUAUACGCCAUCCAGCUGUAAAAAAUGGAUUUUGUAUUCCCCAAUUGAUACAAUCUUUGUUUAAUAUUGACUUGAAAAGAGCUAUUGCCAGUAUUGGUGAGUUCAAUUCGGAGACAGGCAAGACGUACACCCUCAGUGUCACUGAUGAACAAUCCAUGAGCAUAUCAAGGUUUAAAAUUAAAGCAAAUCCAUCUGGCAUAAAUAGUCAGGCCCUUCAUUUCCUAUUUACACUCGGCUUUACAUUUUUGGAUGAUUCUAACAUCUAUAUGGUCGACCCAGAGUGUCCAUUUCUCUUUGGGGCGACUGACGAGGACAUUGUAGAGGGGGCCACGAAGCAUACAGCUAAAGUGAUCAAAUUACUGGGACAUUUAGAUGUUGGCGAAGUCGAGGUCUACGGUGCUACAUAUAUGGCUUUUAAUACUUUGUUUUCGAAUAGCUGUGUUAUCGGUCUGACUUUUGAGGCUCUUAAAAUAUUAAUUUCUGUCUUUCACAAUGCCGAUCGCUUGACCUUUGUGUACAACAAGCUAAUGAAUUUUAAGCAGUUAGACAGUGUGGAUCCUGAAGAACUUAUGGCCUUGUUUUUACCAGGCUAAGCCUGCGAGUUUCUCAUUAAGAAAAGGCGAAUAUAUAUGAUUGUCGAAUAACCAUACUCUAAAUAAAACAAUCAUGCUCAGCAUAA